UUGGGUCCGAGAAGCUCGCUGUUGGCCUGCGCUGUUUGGUUACGUUAAUUUGCAGACGUAUGCUGCCCGGCUGUUCCAAAAGGGCCUCUAUAAUACACACUGUAACAUUAAUUCCAUAUGACAGCCUGGUUUCUCGUCCCCCGACUUUAGAAAGAGAGGGGUCCCUCUCUCUCUCCAAAACCACCACAAGUCUCUAACCAAUGCUCAAGCACCAAAAUUCCUUCUUUGAAUCUCCUCCCGUCUCUAAUAAUCUAAUUUUAAAGACCUCCGGUUGUCAAUCUCUCCUUUCUCUCUUCCCUUGUUCGUAUUCCUCUCUCUCUCUCUCUCUCUCUCUCUCUCAAAUGGCAUCUUUGAUGGCUUGAAACAAACUAUAGAUAUCUCCGUUUAUGAUAUUUGCACCCUCCAUCCAAGCAAAAUGAAUCAGGAUGUGCUUUGGAGGAUGCGGGGAAUUUUGCUUUGAGAUGUUCGACGGUGGAUUCGAAGAUUCAGCUUUGCGUUGAGCAAUCGCACCAGCAUCCCCAUAGAGGGUUUGGAAGUUUGAGUUAUACCUUCUCCUAUGGCAGCCAAGGUGAAAGGGUUCUUUAAAGGAUUCAAACACAUGUCGCAAAUCUUUGUUGACAAAGAGCAUGAAAUGGAGAUUGGCUACCCGACGGAUGUGAAACAUGUAGCACAUAUAGGUUGGGACAAUGGCUCUGGGUAUUCCCCUAGCUGGAUGACCGAAUUCAACACAUCCUCUGAUCUGUCACCAGCACGCAAUUAUGGGAAAUCCAGGGAGCCAUCUUGCUCUUCUCAAGAGUGUCAUCAACCGAGAGGACCCCAACUCUCGCUUCGGCCAAUCGAAGAUGGUAGUAGUCAACCUGAGGUUCCUAAAGAUCGCAAGAAAAAGCGGAAAAAAAAUAAAGCUUCUUCUCCUCGAUCAUCUGCCACAAGAUCUUCAAAAGUGUCAUCCAAACUGAGAGCUUCAUAUGCCAAAGCAGUCGGAGAUGAUGCUGAAGCACAAGACCAACGUCGUGGAGUUUAAACUACAUAUAUUUGUAUAUGUCUCUUGUUUUAAUGUGAUAAAAAGAGAAAAAAGAUGUACCUUUGUGGUAAAGAUUUGGCCAUGAAGUACUGUUUA